AUGGAAAGAGGAAAUGAAAGGAUUUCCAGCCAAUCACAAGGAACUAUCCACUGUUCCAAAGAGCCCACCUUCCUUAUCCAGCAGGCUAUCCUGCCGAGUGACUCCCAUUCUACCCUUCUGCAGGAAACACAGUGUGGCGGUCUAACCAAAAACAUAAAGGCCAACACUCAGAAAAGGAGACCAGGAACAGCGAUUCUAUCAAAAGGCUCCAGUCGAAUUAUGUCAGAAAGCCUGCCUAGACCCCCUGUGAUCCCAUCCCGCAGGCCAGGGUUCCGGAUAUGCUACAUUUGUGGACGAGAAUUUGGGUCCCAGUCACUUGCUAUUCAUGAGCCCCAGUGCUUGGAGAAGUGGCGCAUUGAGAACAGCAAACUACCCAAGCACCUGAGGAGGCCAGAACCCUCCAAACCACAGCCCAUCGGUGGCAGCGACUCAUACAACCUUCAGGCAGCCAACGAGGAGGCAUUUCAGAGUGCGCAGGCUCAGCUGCUCCCCUGUGAAAACUGCGGCCGCACAUUUUUGCCAGAUCGUCUCCUGGUUCACCAGAGAAGUUGCAAGCCAAAGGGUGAGAAUCCUGGCACACCAAACAUGGAUAGUCCUAAUGUUCCUACUGGUCUCAAGAAAGCUUCUAGUGGCAUCCCAGCCCGACCAAGGACUCUCAUCUGUUACAUUUGUGGUAGGGAAUUUGGCACACUGUCCCUUCCUAUCCACGAGCCCAAAUGCUUGGAGAAGUGGAAAAUUGAGAAUGAUCGGCUUCCUAGAGAGCUGCGUCGGCCACUGCCCCAGAAGCCUCAACCCCUUCCAACUGGACAGCCCAGACAAGAGGGGGUGAGUCAAGCCACGCUUGUGCCUUGCCCAAAUUGUGGCCGGACCUUUGCUGUAGACCGCCUACCUGUACACCAGAGAAGUUGUAAAUCUCAACCUAGUGGACCAAAAACUCAAAAUUCGAACCUAGAAAGGAAAGGUGGUCCAAAUGCACUCACUAAUUCCAAGCAACAGAGGAACAUGGAAGCACCCAAUGGGGACAAGGUAACUGUUGUCAUAUAA